AUGAUUGCACUAGAGGUUGAGUUGCUCCCUCUGCUUGUAUUGUUACUGUGUGGCUUUGCUUGCGGGUAUUCGGUAGAGCCCAGCUCCCUUGCCCAUGUGGUUUGUUUGCCUGAUGGCAUUUCAUUUCAUUUUAUCUGUAUGAUUGCAGUUUACUGUAUCUUGCUUGAUAGCAUGUUGUUUAUAUUUCAGUAUGAUUACUGUUAUUCAUUCUGGCUUGAGGUUGAGAUGAGCUUGUGGAGGCUGAAGCCCCACACACAUUUCCUCCCUCACUUGCAUUGCAUGCAUUUUACUGUUAAGCUGAUGCUUUGUCUAUUUUGGUGUAUCAUUGACAUGAUCCCUUAG